CUUGUCCUUGUGAGCUUGCAGCAGUAGGCAGUAGCAGCGAGCAAGUCAGCCUAGGGGCCCGUCGGACGGGCAGGGGCACAACGUCAGCAUUGAUCAAAAGCCUUCGGCUGGCCGACGGCCUGACGGGUUCGCGUCGCGUCCAUCCGCCGCGUCGGAGUGUGGGAGUCGGAGUCACGGCAGCGCGACGGGACGGGAGCUGCAGCCUGUCUUCUCCCGUGAAAGUGGUGCCGCCGUUCCUUGUGUGUUCGUCAAGAUAGUGAUGGUGACGAGGGUUGACGCUAGCCGCGAACAAGUGUGUGACCGUACUGCAAGCUGUCGUUGUCGUCGUCGUCGUCCUGGACGACGGCAGUCGCGUCUGUCCGCCAGGCGCGGCACGGCGAGCACGGCGCCCAGUGCCACAGUGUUGACUAGUGUUGCCUCGCGGUCGCGGGCCUAAAUGAUGAUGUAUCACAAGGUGGCGGGUGUGACGACGGUCGUCAAGGAGAAGGAGGCCAUCCACUCGGGCCACUUCAUGGUGUCGCACUUCGAGGCCGAGGAGCAGGACGACGAGGAUGAAGUGGCGGUGCCCGUCCCCGACGAGGACGUGGACGUCCUGGACGCGGCCAGCAGCAGGGCGUCCAUGGCCUUCACGCCCUCGAUGCGCCUCUUCCAGCCCCUGGCGGCGCCCCGCCACGGCCUCGGCCUCGACGCCCAGGGCGGCCAGGGGCUCGGCGACGUGGGCGGCGUCGUCGCCACCUUCAAGGAGCCCGGCCAGCACCUGUCCAUCGAGACGUCGCUGUCCAAGCUCUUCCAGUGCAUGUCCCUCGCCUACAGGCAGAAGCUGACCUCGCCCAAGUGGAACCGCUUCAAAGGCAUUCGAUUAAGAUGGAAGGAGAAGAUUCGCCUCAACAACGUCAUCUGGCGGUGCUGGCACAUGCAGUUCAUCCUCAAGCAGAGUACGCUGGUGUGUCAAUUCGCCUCGCCCCUGGACGUGGACACACACAACAAACCGGAAGCAGUGGUGCUGGAGGGCAAGUACUGGAAGAGGAAGUUGGCAGCUGUGACCGCAGAGUACAAAAAAUGGCGCAUGUACCGCAGGAACCGGAUCCUGGGAUGUGUCAAAGACGGGCCAGAUAUGUUUGGCGAUGUGGACAUGCUGGACUGGCAGCCAGACAGCAACGAUUCCUCAUCAAUGAUGUCGAUGAUGGUUGACCAGGAUUACAUGGAGUUUAUGAGUGACACCUUAUUCUCUACAAUUCAGUCGAACCAGCCGUUUGCUUUCCCAGAUACGAGAGAGAUAGCUAAGGGAGCAGGGCUCGCUGACUUUAUUCAGCCAAGCUUAGUCCAGCUUCAACCGAAUCUGGAUGAUUUUAUGGACACAUUAGAACCAUUACAAGAGCUAUUUUCUUACAGACUUCCCCCUGUACCUGAAGAAGCCAUAGCUGAUGAUGCUCUCCUUCGAAGUUUACCAGCAACAAGUGCUUCUUAUCCUGAUUUAAGCAAGUCUGCACCCACGUCUUCAACCAUUUCCCUAAUGUCGCAAUUGGACCAAUCAUCACAAAGCAUGGGAAUGUACCAGCAUAUGAAUGAUCCGUACAGACAGCCAGAAUAUGUUAGUGUAGAAUCGUUGGGCUCAGAAUCACUUGGUAACAAAGUAACCUUCUCGGAAUCGGAUCUUCAAGUGCCCAUGCAACUUAUUCAGCAGCAACAUCAUCCGCAGCUGUCACAACUACCUCAACAAGUUCAACCAAUUAUUUCAAAAGGUCGCAAUGUGAGACCAGCAGCCCAGACCAAAAGUCGAGCACUCACUCAGGCACCUCAGCAGUCCAUUGUGAGGAAACAAAUCACUCAUGUGCCAUCUCAUCAACAAUUACCCAUUCAAGACCAGCAACGAUUGCACCAACAGCAGCAGUACCAACAACAAUCGCAAGACCAGCAAAGUCAGGCAGUUGGGUAUCAGAUGUACACUCCAUCCUCACCGAUUCUAAGCCAUCCGCAACCUCCUCCUCUACCGCCAACAAUGCCGGAAUCGUCACCCCAGCCUCAAGGAGCACAGAUAAAAAUUCAGUCUCAGCCUUAUUCUAAUCAAGUUAGUCCACAGUUGCAGCCACCUUUGCAAACUCAACAGCAGGUUCAGCAACAAACUGUGAUAUCUCCUGAGGCUUUCAAAUUCAGUACAAAUGUAGCUCAAAGGAGUUUUAGUUUACCUUCUACGCACACGUCAUCUAUUGCGUAUGCAAGCAGUGGUACAAAUUUGCGUAGUGUGGCCACCAGUAGUAUGAGUAAUAUUCAUACUGCAAGUUUAAAUUCAGUUGAUAAAACACCUGCCAGAUCAGAAACUGAAUUAUUUGCUGUGCCGAAGUACCAGAAACUUAGAAACCGUUCAAGAAGUGGUUCAAGUUUAUUACCAGGCAAUUCUGGAUCUGCCACAAGUUCAAGUGGUGUAAAUACUGUAGGAUCUGGCAUGGCACCAAGGAGCAUGCGGCCCCUUGUGUCAGCUUCCAGUAACCCUGAUCUCUCUUCUGCUCACAGCAGUGCACUUUUGGCCCAACUGCUGUCAGUCAACUCAUCCUCUGUGUACAACUUCACUGCUGGAUCCGAUUCGCCAAGUGGACGGGUACCCAUUAGUAAGAGCCAUAUUCCCAUCCUGCCUAUGCCGACAGGUGGUAGUGCUCAACAAACCCAAGUCCCACAUACAACUGCUCUACUUAUAACAUCGUCUGUUCCAAUGACCAUUCAACCAAGUUCCAGCACUGGGCAAUUAAUACUCAAUUCUGCUGCAAGUACCUCCACCUCAUCUAUUGUGGCUACCGGCAAGGGCUCUGACACAGCAAGUGAUAGUUCAGCAGUUCCUUCUCCAGUGGGUUUGAGCCUUUCUCCUCUUAACAUGGAAAACAUGUCACCUCCAACGCCUUUAGGUUCUAAAUCAGACACAGAUCUCCGGACAGUGAAAGUGUCUGGACGUGGUGAACAUAGGCGUGUGUACCACAUCAAUGCAGAGCAGAAAAGGCGCUGUAAUAUUAAGAAUGGAUUCGAUACACUACAUUCACUCAUUCCCCAACUUCGACAGAAUCCAAAUACCAAGACAAGUAAAGCUGCAAUGCUCCAAAAAGGUGCAGAAUAUAUCAAGCAGUUGCGAGGAGAACGGAACAAACUGAAAGAUGAGAUGGAUGAGCUUCGACUGGAAAUAGAGAAACUAAAUGGUGCCAUAAGUAACUGUCAGUCUAUGCUUCCCGCUACUGGAGCACCUGUCUCCCGCCACCGUGCCAGUAAAAUGAGGGAAAUGUUUGAGGAAUAUGUGCGAGGUCAAACCCUUAACAAUUGGAAGUUUUGGAUUUUUAGUCUAAUGGUUGAGCCAUUAUUGGACUCCUUCAACAGCACUGUUUCCACAUCAAGUGUUGAUGAGCUCUACAGAACUACAAUGCAAUGGGUUGAGAAACAUUGUUCCCUUGUUGAAUUGCGUCCUGUUGUUUUGAAUUCUCUCCGGUUUCUCUGCACGUCAACAGAAAUAUUGUCCGAUCCAUCAAGACUCCCUGAAGAAGCUCGACAAGCAGUUUUGAAGAAUGAAGCUGGUAGCAGUGGAGCUUCAAGUUCGAAUGCCAGCAGCAGUUCUCAACAGCCUGGUUGACUUGUGCAGUGCUGUGUGUGACAAUAAAAAAAUCCCACCUUAUGCUCACAAAAAAAAUAUGAAACAAGAAAGGUGUGGAACUUAUGACAUGAGGGAUGCCUUGUUGUGUCACGUGACAGUCUGUGCAUUUCAAAUUAAGGCGAGAAGUGAGUUGUUUGUGAUAACAGUGCAUAGUAAAAGCUAGUCAAUCAAGAAAAAAUCUGUAGUUUACAGCAUGAACUUGACAUGUUAAGACACAAAAUGAGUAGAAGUUGACGCCUGUCAGUUUCAUGUGUUCUGUAUCAUUCUAGUUGGUUGAAUAGUUCUGAUGUCACAAAAAUCCAUCUCUCUUACUCAUGGGUUCCUUUUAUGUUCUGGUUUUCUAUCCUUUGUAAUCUCUCUCCUCUUUCCCUGCUAAAGAGAUGAGAUUAGUGAUAUCACUCUGUUCAGCUCAUUGUUCCCUUGCCUCCCCAGAUUUGCUGUUAUUGGUGGACAAUAACAUUGAGCUCAAGAUGAGGUAGAUGAUUGCAAAGGAAGCUUUGCUGUGAUAUUUUGUUUUAAAAACUUUCAUGCAUUAUUAUAUAACUUUUGUAUCAUUGUUAUAGCACUUAAAAUUGGUCAGUUGCCAUGAGUGAUUCAAUUAAGGACACCUAUAGAUUAUUAUUUUUAUUUUUGGUACAAUUGUUACCAUUACGAGUUUGUAAAUUUAAAUUUUGUGCUUCUUACCUUCUUAGUCAUUUUGUUUUGACUCAUAAUUAAUGACUGUUUUGAGUUGCAGCAAAGUUUGCCUUAGCUUAUGUGACAUUAUUUUAGGCCAGGAUGUUGGAGCUUUAGGGAGGUUUAAGAAAAAAGUCAUGGGAAUGAUAACUUCAGUGCCAUUUAUUCUAUGUCAUACUCAGAAUCCUGAGAUAUGCCAGUGAAUUGUGCCAUCAACCAAGUUUCAUGCUUGCAUGUGAAAAAAUUUAUCAAUGAGUUGUGUUGUCUUCCCUGUGAAGCCCAUCCUGACCUACUUCCUAUGAAUCUGAAAAAUGCCUUUUUGAACCAAGUUUUAUUUUCCUGCUAAGACAGGUUAAAUGUGCCAUCAUAACUUUCCCGUGUUAAAAUGGACUCACUUUGUUCUGUCAAUUUUUCUAUUAGCAACACGUAGAAUGUGAACAUAAGUUUAUGAUUUGUUAUUAUGUACAGAUGUUUAAUCUAUAUUUGCAUAUAAUUUAUGUUGUUUUGUUUUACUUUUGUUAUUGUAAAGAGAUAUGUGUUUGUGAAUUGUAUGGUGUACUGUGUUGGGUGUGACUAUUACUCUGCCCUUUGUCAUUUGUAAUUGUUACAAAGCGUCUCUUAAGCUCCUUUUUCUGAAUGUGAUAUGUACAAAUUUUUACUUCACUACUGGAGAGGUAAUUUCAGAAAGGCUUUUUCCAUUCUGGACAUGACUGUAAAUCUACCUGUCAGUUUCCUCAAAUUUUAAAACAACCAAGAACGUAAAUGAAGUUGUAGACCAAUUUUUCCCUUUGAAGGCAAAUUGGGAGAGUGUGGUUUUUUCUGGAAAGCUCAAUUAAAUUUUAAUAAGAAAUUUAUCCCACAAUUGAAAUUGUGCCAUUUGUGGCUAGCUAAUGUAUUCUAAUGGCAAGUCAUUAUUGGAAAGAAGUCAUAAACAAUUUUGAAAGACUGAAUUAACUUCAAAUUAUGUGGUCAGUUGAUCUUUUCACUUUGUACCUCGGUGUUAACAAAAAUGUCAUCUCAUAGUAGUCAGUAUUGUGUGUUCAUUGGAUUUUGUGUAUUUGACUUUAUUAUCAUGCCAUCUUUUUAACUAUCUCCCCUUUUAUACUCUUCCUUGACUUUUCCUAAUCAAAAAGGGAGAGUUUAAUUCAUAGUUUUGGUAGAUAGGCAUAAAUGCAAAAUUACAGUCACUUAUAGUUGAGUGGGCAAUGAAACUGUAUUUUAUCUCUUGACCAUUGUCACUACGUGAAAGGCCUAGUGUAACUUUUGAUCUCUGCGCUGCACUAACUUGAAGCGAAAGAAAGAAAUGCCACAUGUCUUCCACACACUGUUAACAUAUUUUUAAUCAUAUGUUAAUAGUCUCCACCCAGUGAUUAAUGUAAUUGGACUGACAUUAUAUCAAUUUGUUUGUCUGAAAUGCUGAUUCAUGUGGAACAAAAUCUGAGCAAAAUAUAUUUUGAAUAUAGACAA